AUGGCACCCUAUCGUGGCGAUAUGUACCAUCUGCCAGAGUGGACCCGGUCAAACCAAACCCCUAAAAAUGCACGAGAGCUAUUUAAUAGACGACAUGCCACUGUCCGGAAUGUGGUAGAACAUAGAUUUGGUAUACCAAAAGGUAAGUUCCCCAUUAUAAAAGACCUAAUUCCAAAGUACACGCCUGAUUGCCAGGCAGACAUUGUUAUCACAUGUUGUGGUCUGCAUAAUUUCAUCCUUCAGCACCAAAAGUUCGAAAAUGUACCUCCGGCCAUACAAGACCUGGAUUACAUACCAGAACCCGAUGAAGACGAUCUAACUAGGCCUUUAAUGACAACUUUAGAUACCUCUGAAGUUGCUAUACGUGAACAGUGUGGUUUGCGCAACUCCAUUGCUGCGGCCUUGUGGGCCAAUGAAGGUGGCCGACAUCGUUAG